UGACAAAAUGGUAAUCUGUCAAAACAGAGAUUUUGCGCUAGUACAUUGAAAAUUACAAGAAAAUAUAUACAAACCAGAAUAAAUAUCUUAAUUUACGAAGCAGGUUAUGGAAUAUAGAUGUAAAAUUUAUUUUUCAGUUGAUAAAAAAGGGUGUUGAUUCAGACGAGUGAAAAAAUUCGAACCUGCUUAUUUUAAGAUUUAAAUUCAAAGACAAUCGCUCAUUCUGCUUCGACUUCUCAAUGGGAUCAUCAAGAAGAUCGCUUACCACGAAAUUGUGAUGUUGAAAUACAGUACCUAUAGUUUUCACCCAACAAUGUCGAAGUCGAUCAAGCAUAACCAUAACAUUCAAUCGUUCUCAUCAAUAAACAAAACAAACUGCUUUCUGGAUAGCGAGGGCUGCUUGGGGGAUAAAAGAAAGAGCGUUGGAACACUGUCAGAAAAAGAUUAUUCCCCGCCAUUCUACAAACCAAAAUUUGAUCCUCAAAGAGAAGUCAUUUCACCCCCAUUCUUCAAGUCAAAGUUAGGGUCGAAAAGCAUAUCACAAGUCAAUAAUGAUUUUGACACUGAAUCGAUCAUUUCCGGCGUGAGCGAGAUUAAGCUUAUCAAAAGUUUGUCCAGUUCCCCUAGCUGGAGCGACGAUAAUGAUGUAGAGGGAUGUAGGAGGGUCCAAGAUGAGCUGGAGCAAAUGGAUAGAGUACUUAGAGGACUUGAUCCUAUUCCUUUACAUUAUGACGUUGAUGAAUACAAACAAUGGAUGGAAACAUUUCCUACAUUAAGCUUUUUUGGGCAUAAAGAAUAUGGACCUUACAAAAUUUGGAAAGGUAACAGAAAGAAUGAACGCGAUGUAGAAGAUGUAAAUUCCAAUCGAGUGCCUUGUGCUAAUUUAAUACAAUAUAAGAAGGAAAUAAAAAAAGCUGUGAUACAAAAUAUUUACGAAAAUAUUUCGAUAAGACUGAACAACGGAUCCACCCCACCUGAAAUAAAGAAGAAGCAACCACAAAUAGGGGACAUAAACAAGACGCAGAUGUACCUGAGCGACUGCCUCAAAAAUUCCCCUUUUUCAGAUAUAAUUGGAGAGAAAUACACCAAAACUUGCUUUUUGAGCAGGAACAAUUCCCGGGAGGAUAAAAAAAUACAAUCUCCAAGUUUCGAAUCCUUGCCUGUAAUGUUGGAAGGUUCAACUAGGAAUAUAGCAAAACCCGUGAAUAAAUCUAAAAAUGAACAUUUGAACGGUGUCAGUAGAAAAAAAUCGAGAAGGAGCAUUGUUUUACCUCCGAUUGAAAACAAAUGGUUGCAACCUACGAAUCAAUUCAGGUCGAUAUCAGCCAUGCCAACCUAUUCCUCGAUGCUGUCUGUUAAAACGAUGAAGAUGGACAGUAAGUUACUUAGCGGAAAAUCUAGAAACGUAACACGUUUUUGAGGGAGAGACCUGUUAAAUUUGGAUGAAAAUUCGUAAAUGUAAAGUUGAUAAUGAAAUUAAUAUAUUCAAUCCCUAACAAAGUGUGACAAAUUUUCACAUUCUUAGCGACAUGGUGAUAAGGUAUUUUCAGUUAAUGAAUAAAAGCAGGCAACACAUCUUCAGGCAUCUGCAAAAUCUAAGAGAGAUUAUAUAAGUGUAUAUAAACAUUAAAAAUUCCCCAUUUUUA